CUUGUACUCCAAAAUUUUCGAUUUUACGAAGCUUCCACAUUUAGAUCCUGAUUAGUUUUUUCCACUUCGUAUCGAUUCCCCUCAUCAUCAUUGAUUACGCAGUGAAAAAAAAGAUAAAAAAUAAAAUAAAAAAUAAAAUAAAUUAAUUUAAUAGAGCCAUUUUUUCAAUUAAGGUUUACAAAGAGAGACUUUCAUUGAAAAAAAGUGUCGAGUUCUAAAAGGAGAAAGGUGGAGAAAAACACGGAGGUUAUUACAAAACGGUGUUUCAUUUUUCAUAUCGAGGAGAACUACUUAUUAGGCACAAAUCUUGCUAAACAAAGCAGGGACAUAUCAUUACAUACAUACAUAUACACAAUUGGAAAAGUUCUUGGGUAUAGUUUUAAUUGCCGCCAUGAAUACUCAAGUACACCUUAAUCUGACCAAGAUAUCGAUCUUGUCCAUACCAAAGGAUAAGUACUGGAUAUUUUCCAGUGCUGUGCUUCAACUUCUACAUCUUGAGGCACAAAAAACAAACCACAAUUAUGAGACAGACUCAGAGACCGAGUCAUCCGAUGAAUCAAGUUCAUCGGAUGAUGGGCUUUCGGACGAAAGCCAGCAAUAUAACUACAGUGCGAACAACCACACCACCAAUACUAGUAAUGGAGAAACCAUCUCUUCACCAAUUGAUAACUCAAGUAAGAAGAUUCAUUCUAUAGACCAAGUUGUUGUUUCUGAAUCAGACGAAGAUGAUUAUAAUGGGAUUACUGAAAGUUCAGAUGAAGAAGAAGAUAAUUAUUUUUUCCACAUUGCAUUCACACCUGAGGAAUGUACCUUGAUGUGUGCAUCAUCAAUAAUGCAAACCCUCUUCCAUGACCCACUUGAAUUAUGUAAAAAGUUGGGAUAUGACCUUGUUCAAUUAUUGGAUGAAGAGUUUAUCACACUUCAAGUAGAUUCAAGUGAUGGUUAUGAUAAUAGUUCCAAAGUACUUCAACUUACAAAGCCACUCUCAACUAAUAAGAUUCCACUUUUUUUUCUUUCAACUCAUUUUGGAGACAUUGUUCUUAUUCCUCAAUCUUCCAAAGAGAGAGUAGUUGAAAUUCUUACCAGCAAAAACUUUGAGUUCUCAAACCUUUCUAAUAGCUAUAUUAAUGUGAACGAAAAGAGAUCAUCCAAGGACACUGCAGCAUCUGCAUCACCAAACCUUGACAUUGAACAAAGGGCAUUUGAAUUAUUCAACCGUGCCAACGUCAAACCAAUCAUAAACAAAUCAAUAAAGCUCCUCUUGACUGGUUCAAGAUCGGGUGAAGUUUCACGGACAUUGCUCAAAACAGCGCAAAACUUAGCAUCAACAGAUAUCCAAUCUGUACUUUUCCCGCAAUACUUUGCGGUCACAAGAACUUCAUUGAAUGAAGUAUCUUUACUUCUUCCCAAGUCAUCUAAAACCAGGGCAAAGAUGGGGUUCCCUUCCAAAUACAUCAUUGGAUCGACUCAGGACUCUAUUAUCCCAGUCACGAUUGACUUGAACGCGUUGCCUUUGGACUCUACUGGGAUUGUUGCUGGUUUAGCCAGUCGCCUUCUUAGUGGUAACAAGCGAGUUUCUUCACUUCCUUUAGAAAUGAGCUAUCUUUCCAUGGCAAAGUCGGGUAUCAUCAUGAUACCCAAGGAAAACAUUGCGUUAAUUUCUGCAAUUUUAAAGGAGGAUGAUCAUCUUUCGCAACCUAUCGAAAGUUUACAAUUGGAAUGAUAUUUAUAGACAGUAUAACUUUAAUAAAGGGAAAUAUAUUUUUUUAAUUAAUUCAGAAUAACUUUUAAAUUUUGUAUAACUUUUU